AUGUCUACGCCGGUGCUGUCGUCCCGCGCGUUCUCUUCCGCCCCCGAACGCGGUCCAUCAGCCUCCACGAGCCUUCCGAAACCCCGACUAGACUAUCGCGAUAUCUCCGAAAACGUCUUCUUCAAGUCACACAACGCGUUCAACCGCAAGGCUGCGCUGCCCGUGGGUGCCGUCCAGACGGUCGCCCGACUCUACGAGGAACAAAAGGAGCUCUCGCAAACGCUGAACACGAAACGACAUGCGCGUUCGACCGUAGGUGACCGCAUACGAAGCCUCGCGAAAGACCCACAGAAGAAGCAGGCUGCGCUGGACGAGGCGAAGGCCCUCAAGGCGGAGAUCUCGGAGUUGGAGAAUCGCGCUGCUAGCCUCGAGGAAGAACUGCACACGCUCGCGUUGGCCAUCCCCAAUGACACGCACCCUGCCGUACCUAUAGGCCCGGAGUCUGUCGCGGUCACGCUGUCCACACACGGGCCUGAACUCAUCCCUGCCUCCCCCGCACGCGACCAUGUAGCAAUAUGCCGCGCGCUCGACCUCAUCGACUUGGAAGCUGGUGCGACGGUUGCGGGCUCCUCGUGGUACUACCUUAAGAACGAGGGUGCGCUCCUCGAGCUCGCGCUGGUGAACUACGCCUUGAGCACGGCGAUAAAACACGGCUUCACACCUGUCACCACCCCCGACGUUGUUCGGUCGGACAUCGCCCGUCGGUGCGGCUUCCAACCGCGCGACCCCGUAGAUGGGACCGCCUCGCAGACAUAUCAUCUCAUGCACACCACGGACCCGGGCGCAGCGGAGAACCAUAACCACCCGGAACUCGUCCUCGCGGGGACAGCGGAGAUUCCGCUUGCUGGUAUGUUCGCGAACAGGAUACUCUCAGCGACCGAGCUGCCGCUGAAGGUGAUUGGGCUUGGGCACGCGUUCCGAGCGGAGGCCGGUGCGAGGGGUGCGGACACGCGCGGGUUGUACCGUGUCCAUCAGUUCACGAAGCUGGAGUUGUUCGCGUUGAGUGAGGAAGAGAAGAGCGAGGAGAUGAUGGAGGAGAUGCGCAAGCUGCAGACUGAGAUCUUCGAGGGACUAGGACUUUCGUUCAGGGUUCUCGAGAUGCCAACGGAAGAGCUCGGCGCGAGCGCAUACCGCAAGUACGAUGCAGAGGCAUGGAUGCCUGGCCGAGGAAGCUGGGGCGAAAUCUCGUCUACGUCCAACUGCACCGACUACCAAGCCCGUCGACUACAUAUCCGGUAUCGCCGUGCAGCCGUCGCAUCCUCAUCUUCUCCUGCGGAUGCAGCGCAGUCUGCGCUGCCGUUCGUACACACACUGAAUGGGACUGCGGCUGCCGUGCCUCGGCUCAUCGUGGCCUUGGUCGAGAACGGCGCAGUGUUCAACGACGCAGGCGAUGUCGCGGGCCUGCGCCUGCCGAAGGCGCUGCAGCCGUUCUGGGUUGGGGGGAACGCGCGGGGGUUGAUUGAGUGGGUAUGAUGGUACGCGGUGAACGCACUGCGCACGAGUAUACAGACAACGUACACCGCCUAUAACGACACAGCUAAUCACAUGCCC